CUAUUUACCCAUCUUGACCAAACCAAUCAUACCCUCCUUCAAAAUAUACUCAUUUUUGAUACCCAAACCUUCCAAAAUGAAUCCAAACUUUGAAAAAGGGCAGCUUGUAACAAUUCUGAGUAUUGAUGGCGGCGGUAUCAAAGGCAUCAUCCCCGGAAUUCUCCUCACAUUUCUCGAGUCCAAACUUCAGGAAUUGGACGGCGAGGAAGCAAGAUUAGUGGAUUACUUCGACGUAAUUGCUGGGACAAGCACCGGGGGAUUAGUGACGACUAUGCUUACAGCUCCGGACAAGAACAACAACAAUCGACCAUUGUUUGCGGCUAAUAAGAUUACGGAGUUUUACAUCAAGGAGACUCCAAAGAUUUUUCCUCAACCAAGGCAUUUUUUUGGUGGGGUGAUGAAUUUGUUUGGGCGAGUGAGAGGGCCAAAAUAUGACGGUAACUAUCUGAGGACGGUGGUGAAUGAGUUGGUCGGAGAUUUGACUCUGAAUCAGACGUUGACCAACGUCGUGAUUCCCGCUUUCGACAUCAAGGUUCUCCAACCCGUCAUCUUCAACACCAACGAUGCGAAAGUAAAUGCAUUGAAGAAUCCAAAGUUGUCGGACGUGUGCCUAGCGACAUCAGCCGCACCCACGUUCUUACCCGCACACUUCUUCGAGACGAAGGACGAGGAAGCCAACACAACUCGCACUUACAACGUCAUUGACGGUGCUGUUGCCGUUAAUAAUCCCACACUAGCAGCCAUAUCCCACAUAAACAGGCAAAUUGCAGUGCAUCAAAUAGAAACGGCAAGGAUCAAAGCAAAUGAUGCAAGAAGAAUGCUUGUUCUAUCUCUAGGGACUGGCUUGCCUAAACAUGAAGAGAAGUAUAAUGCAACACAAGCUUCAGAAUGGGGAGCUCUUAGUUGGAUAUUUCAGCUAAACAGUGGUUCCACUCCAAUCAUCGACUUUUUUACCGACGCGAGUUCCGACAUGGUUGACUUUCACGUGUCGACCCUUUUUCAGUCUCUGAAGGUUGACCAAAACUAUCUUCGAAUCCAGGAUGACUCGUUGACGGGCGACACUGCAUCGGUGGAUAUAGCAACGGCGGAGAACUUAGAAAAGCUUGUGAAGAUUGGAGAGGAGUUACUAAAGAAAUUCGUGUCUAGGGUUAAUUUGGAAACAGGAAGAUAUGAGGUUGUUGAAGGAGAAGGUACUAAUGAGGAAGCUCUCACCGAGUUUGCUAAAUUGCUCCAUGAAGAGCGAAAGUUAAGGCUACGCAGUUGAGAUGAGAGACUUUGUGUGCACAUUUACACCUCACAAUGCAGUCGCAUGUCUCACUACUUUGUCCACCAUAUGAGAGUCACUAUCUACCAUUGUCUCCUAAUAUCCUUGUAAAUUUUUCAUAGUGUGGUUUAAGUGCUUAAUAAUGACUGAGAGAGAGAUCUAAACAA